CAGCGACGGGAUGAAAGGGACAACGCAUAACAGGGAUGACGUCCGCUAGGCGACGAACCUCGAUCAGAGAAACUUUGACUAUGUGUAUUGUAUCCCCUAUAAAAGGGGUGAGACCCCUCAUUGUAAUGGAUCCAAGUUAGAAACGAAUAAACUCCUACUUUUCUCUUUCUCUCUCUCUAAAACUUAUAUUAUUCUUCAUUCUCGGUGGUUCUCAACCAUCAAAUUGGUGCUUUCAUUGAGAGCUGAGGAACAUACUCGUAGGUUAACUCCUCAACGCGAGAAUGGUGCAAACCAGGAGCAACGUUCCCACCACCAGCCACGUCGGCGGCGAGGAGAUCGCUCCGGGCAGCGGCAACGGCACGGGUGGCAUCGCUUCGACUCCGGACGCGGUCCAGGCGCUGUUCGGGUUGGGGGUGACCACGGAGCAGCUCCAGGCGGCCGUUGCGGCACUUUCCGCCAUGGGUGGGAACGUGCCCGGUGCCGGGGUUGGCAAAGCUCCGCUCGGUCACCACAUCGAGCACGCUGCCACUUCCCAGCACAAGGGGAAGAAGACUCGGAGGAGCAGGAGGAGGCCCGGCAAGGGCCCGAUGAUCGAGGAGGUGUUGGUGGAGGACGUCCCAGAAGGGGAGGACGAUGAGUCUAGUGAGUGUAGAGUCUCGGCCUUCAAACGCUUGGGAGGCGAGGAAACCCGAGUGUCGGCAUUCGACCGGCUCAACCGCGGAACGGAAGGCCGCUUAGGUGAUCUUCGCCGGCAGAUCUCCGAAGGCAGGCGGAGGAACGCCGAGGAAUCAGCGACCUCAGAUGCGCGCUCGGCAAGACCUGAGCGAACCGAAGGCCGAAGGGAAGAGCGAACUCAGCGUCGCCAGAGCCCAACCAGAACCGAGAAGACAAAGGUCCCUGAACGGGGUAUGACUGAGCUUGCACGCGAGAUUACCGAGCUCAAACGCCGAGUAGAGACAAAGUCCCCCUACAGCCAGCCCAUCUUGCGCACGGUAACCCCGUUUACACCGAGGGUGAUGUCAGUUCCGCUGCCGACAAACUUCCGUCCGUGGCAGAUCAAGGCUUACAGCGGGACGACGGACCCCCAGAAUCAUUUGUCAAAGUUCUAUGCUUCGAUGGAGGCGGCGGCAGCCCCGGACGAGGUCAAGUGCAGGCAGAGGCUGCCUUAUUCCCACCUGCUCAACAUAUGCAUCCGCAAGGGAGAAAAGGUCUACGACUUCAUAGUCCGGUGGGAGAAGGAAGCCAGAGACGUGCAUGGGGCGGAUGACCAGGCGUUGGUUGCCAUGUUCCAAGCAGCCCUUCCCCGCGGAGAGGUGAGGAAGGAGCUCCGCAAGAAUCCUCCCCCCACGUACCAAGAGACCUUGGCGCGCGCAAAGUUCUUAGCCUCGGAGGAGUUCGAUGACGCCCCAGAAUCCGAGGCCGCGCCGGCUAAGCGUGCUCCAGCGGAUUCGGGAGAGACCGCGAAGAAGAGGAAGAAGAAGAAAGACUAUACCGCGGGCCCGAGGACGUCCUCGGUCGGAGUAUACUCCGUGGGCGCCCCCGUGGGGGCGGGUCGAGAGCUUUCCCUUUCCCCGCUCCCCCACGUAGAGGCUUACGCGGUGUCCAGCGGAACUAAGUAUUGCGAGUACCAUCGUAACAACACUCAUAACACUAAGGAAUGCUUCACUCUCCAGAAGGAAAUGCAGCGACUCAUCGCCCGAGGGCCGCUUCCGCGAGACGACGCGGCUACCCCCUCCCGGAGGUCGCCGGAAGGAAGAACUUGGAGGAAGCCGACUGAGCCAAUCGCAGUGGCGACGCAGGCAAGGAACCCGGAGAAGAGGCACAUCGGGCGGGAGUGCGACGAUCUGAACGAAGCCGAAGCCCAAGGAUAUCUGGUGGGAUUUAUCCAUGGGGGAAACAUUGGCGGGGACUCCGCCGCUCAAAGGAAGAGGUGGAAGCACAUGGCCUUUGUCACCAAGGUCCAUCAGGCGCCGACGCCCAAGCUCGGAAGACGAGAGCAAAUCCAAUUCACGGAGAAGGAUCUUCCAAACACGCCGAGUCCCCACUGGGAUGCCUUAGUCGUGAAGAUAGAGAUCAACGACGCCAUAGUACACCGCACCUUGGUGGACACGGGAAGCUCAGUCAAUAUAAUGUAUGAGAAAACAUUCCAAGACCUCGGUUUGAACCGCAAGGACUUGAGGCCUGUGCGCACUCCUCUCUCCGGAUUCACGGGGGACUCCAUCGAGGCCGAGGGAGUUAUCGCCGUAUCCGUGAUAGUAGGGGAUGGUGCGCACAAGGCGAAGCUGAAGAUGGAGUUUAUGGUUGUGAGCAUCAACUGUGCGCACAACAUGAUCCUAGGGCGGCCCGACCUUGAGGACUUGGAAUGUGUGAUCUCCCCGUACUACUUAUGCAUGAAGUUCCCCACUCCGUCUGGCAUCGGGGUGGCGAGGGGAGACCAAAAGUUGGCCCGAUCGUGCUACGUAAGAAUCACGAAGAAGUUGCCGAGGGAUGAGACACUGGUCGUACACGCGCAAGAGGAAAUGCGCAAGCUGGAAGCUCGGCCUUCGGCCGAGCCCGCAGAGGAAGUCGAGGAAGUGCCGCUCGACCCACAAGUGCCCGAGCGGAAGGUUAAGGUCGGGGCGAGCCUAACGACGAGCCAGCGGAGGCGCUUGGUGGAAGUGCUCGCCGCCUACCGCGUGAUCUUCGCGUGGGGACCUGGGGAUAUGCCGGGGGUGGACCCCAAGAUCAUAUGUCACUGGUUGGCGGUCGACCCGGAGUCUAGGCCGAUCGAGUUCAAGCCAAGGCCAACGAUCAAGGGCCAAGCGCCGGCCGACUUCGUGGUAGAAUGCACCGCCCGAGAAGAGCCGAGCCCGGAACUUGAAGCCGACGACUGGUGGACAGUUUUCACCGACGGCUCCUCCGCCACCAAAAACUCGGGGGAUGGAGUGGUAGUCAUCGCUCCCGAAGGCUUCAGAGCAUAUUACUUAAUCCGAUUCGGCUUCAAGGCAUCAAAUAAUGAGGCGGAGUAUGAAGCGCUCUUGUGCGGGUUACGUCUGGCAGCCGGGAUGAACGCGACGAAGCUAAGGAUAAAGUGUGAUUCGAAGUUGGUGGUUGGCCAUGUGUCGGGAGAGUUCGAAGCGAAGGACAAAAGAAUGAAAAAAUAUACAGAUACGGCCCUAGAACUACUUAAAACUUUCACCGCGUAUAGUGUCGAGCAGAUCCCUCGGGCGGAGAACGCCGAGGCGGAUAUCUUGUCGAAGCUGAGCUCAGACAUGCCCGAGCACAUCAGACGAAUGGCGAAUGUGGAAGAGCUGUCCGAGCCGAGCAUCCAUGCUUUCCCCAUGGCAAUGAUCUGUGCUCAGCCCAGAGAUUGGACGGACGACAUAGUCGCCUUCCUGAAGGAUGGCACCCUCCCAGACGAAUCAAUGAAGGCCAAGUUGCAAGUCAUCUGCCGCUUCGGCGUUCCAGAGCACAUAAUCACGGAUAAUGGGACACAAUUCGAGUCCAAGCCCUUUAACGACUUCCUUGGGAGCUGGGGGAUCAAGCAUAGCUAUGCGUCGGUUGGGUACCCACAGACAAAUGGAGAGGUCGAGAACGCCAACCGAACGAUAGUCUACAGGCUGAAGCGGAAGUUGGAGGCCUGCAGAGGGGAGUGGGCAGAGGAGUUGCCUUACAUCCUAUGGACCUACCGGACCACGCCUAGAAGGGCGACCCAGGAAACCCCCUUCGCCUUUUGCUACGGAUUCGAGGCGAUGGCUCCUGCAGAGAUCUCCAUCGCAACCCACCGGGAGGAGAUCUUCGACCCCGAGCGUAACGAAGAAGCCCUGGCAGCCGAGCUCCAUCUUGUGCAUGAGAGGCGAGAAGCAGCCUUCAUACGAGCAGAGAAUUACUGAAGGAAGGUAAAGAGCUACCAUGACGGGCGUGUGCGCGCACGGGGGUUCAUCGAAGGAGAGUGGGUGCUGCGCAAGAGGUCCGUGAGCCGCCCCCUGGAAGGUGGAAAAUUUGCCAAGAAUUACGAAGGCCCCUACAUCAUCAAAGAAGUGGUAGGCCCCUCAACGUUCCGCCUGCAGACGCCGAGUGGAGGGGAUGUGCCAAGGACUUGGAAUGCUGAGAACUUGGUUAAGUUUUUUAUCAAUAAAUUUCGAAUGUACACGGGCCUGAGAAAGGGAACCCGCAACACCAUGAUUGAAUUAAAUGAAAUGGAAUUUU